UCUCACCUUUCAUCACACCACACUCAUCACAACCACUCUUAAUUUCUCUCUGCCUUGCUCAUUUACACACCUCUCCAACCUUUCACUUUCAGCUUUAUUUGAAUCCCUCUCUCUCCUUUCCAAAUGGCCAGCGUUGAGCUUUCUUAAGCUUGGCACGAGACUUUGUUAAAUGAAAUUAGAAAUCUCCCAGGUUGCACAUCAAACACCAACAACAGUUCCAGAAAAUGAAACAACCGAGGUAAUCAAGACCCAGGAAACAACCCCGGAACCAGUACCAGCCACUGAGGCUCCUGCAACAGAACAAGCAGCAGCUGAGGUUCCUGCUCAAGAAGAACAACAAGCAACUGAGGUUCCUGCCCCAGAAUCAACCACCGAAGCACCAAAGGAAGAAACCACCGAAGCACCAACAACAGAAACAGUAGAAACAACAACUACAGAAGAAGCCAAGCCAGAGGAGCCUAAAGAAGUUGCAGUUGAGACCGAGGAGGUGGUGACAAAGGAGACAGAGGAAGAGAAGCCAGCAGCAGAAGAGAAAUCAGAGGAGAAAACUGAAGAAGUGAAAGAAGAAGCAGAAGAGCCUAAAGAAACUACUGAAACAGAAACAGAAUCAGCACCAGCAGCAACCACAGAGGAAGAGAACAAACCAGCUGAGACAGUGGAAGCCCCAGUAGAGGUUCCUGUUGAGAAAACUGAAGCUUAGACUUAUGGACAGUGUGAGUGAGAAAAACAAGUUUAAAAAUGGUCCUAGUUGUGGGGAUCAUUAGGUCUACCAUUUUGCAUGUCAUGUUGAAAAGCUUUUUUUUUUAUUUAUUUCUUUAGUUUACUUUAUUAUUAAUAUAUUAUUAUUAUAUGAUGGUUAAGUCUUUGGUUGUAUUAUGGAGGGUAUACCUACGUGUGAGCACAACACUUGGCUCCACAUCAGCGUGCUUACCACGUGGUGACAUGAGAAAUUCUAGGAGUUGUGUAUUGAAGUGAGCAAGCUGCUGCUGGUGCUGGAGUUUAGGGAUGAGGGUUUAUUUUAUUGGCAGGGUUACAUGAGUUUGUGAUGAUGUGUUAUUGUGUUUCUUUAGGUUUGAAUAAAUGAUAUUUACUUUAUAACUUGCUUAA